GUAACAGUGUGUAUAGUUAAAUUUGAGAGGGUCUGUUUGUAACUACAGUCUUUAUUGUUAAUUGUGUUAAGAUUACUUUUGAGAUUAUACUCCGUUUAAGAAAUGUUGGCUGAGUUCCUGGUGACGUUUAUUUGUGUUGUUCUUUGUUGUACAAAUUUGUAUGUUAUUUCUAUUUUCGUUGUACACCGACAUCAGCUCACUGCUAAGACCUUGCUUCAGAGUAAUCUAGCGUUUUGUAACCUGCUGGCGUCCUACUACCUCUCAGCUGCCACCUUUGAAAAUGCUCUCUAUGGGUCAGACACUUUUUGUAGUGACGACAACUACGAGAAAUCCACAGGUUGGAACAUGACGCUCUGUUCCCUAAGUGCCUCCUCCUGGGCGUUAACUAUAGUUCUCUGGUUCCAUUCUAACCAACGGCGGCUGGAAGGUUCCCGGAGAGAAGUAACAAUAAACGUAACCUAUGGUUUUAUUGGAGCUACCUGGCUCUACUUUACCGUGCUAGUGCUGACACACAUGCUGGGUAUUUACGGCUGGACCUUUGACAGUCACGACUCCGCUGACUUGAAAAGCUGGGGUGUCUUUGUUAUGAUACCCUUCCUCCUUCCCUGGCUCAUGCAGGCGUGGAUCUUAUUUGAGAUCAAUCCCGCUGGUAUUUUUGAUGGUUUUAAAGGAGUGUUUUCUAAAAAGAAGUCUGGCAAGAUUGAGGCGGCUGAAGUGAACAGUAAAGAUGAGAUGGUUAUCAUAGAAAAUGAGGAGGAAAAGAAUAUUAUGGACAAGUCAGUACCGCCGCAGAAUAACGACUCCAUUUCUGAUGCCAUGGAACAAAUCCUCUGUCUCGCCACAAGUCUCUUUAUAUGCGGCCUUGUCUCCGUCAUCCUUGCCAUCAUCGCCACCAGAUUCAUCUCUGGCUCCAGCACUGACGACCUCCUCUUCAAGUUCUUCAUCUCCCUGGUCUGUGUGACCUGGAUCAACUGCUCUGUCUCUCCCUUUAUCCUGUUCUCCGGUGAGAUGGAAGUGGAACCCUCCAGAAGAUAUGUGGAUGCUGUGAUUAGAGCUGUAGUAAAGUCUGUUCACAGCUACCUCAGCUUGUAUGUUCCUGAUACUGGACUUUUAUCGCAGUACAGGAGGCGGUUUGGUGAGAAAGCUAAGGUAGAGGAGGAUGUACUUACUGUUGAUGAUUCAACUGGUGUGCUUGAUGAUGAAUCGGGCGAGGUGUGUUAGAUUUUUUGUUUUAUUUUUUUCUAGGCCUGGCUAAUGAUUGAACUCAAUUUGAAGCAGAAAUAUUAUUUAAUUAUUUGAAAUUUUUUGAAUGGGAAUUUUAAGUUAAAACGAUUGUGAUAGUAAUGUUUAAUUUAAAUCGUAAAUAUUUAUGUACUUUAAAGUACAAGAAUAACUACAAA